AUCUUUUCACGCACUUCCACCUCAGCUGAUCUUAACAUGGUCUAACUACUCUGAACUCUUGCUGUGAAAGUCUUGCACUCGUGGUGAGCCUGCUUGCGGCUGAUAUGUCGGAGGAAGGAGAAGGCAGCUGCAUGCCCCUGGUUGGUGACGAAGAGCUCCUGCUAAGUGGCCCAGAUGACAUCCCACUGCACAGUUCCAACAACCCCGAGCAGCAUUUCCCAAAGUGGUUUGCAAGGCUUGGAGCCGCUGGAGCUUUUGUGGCCUUAGGGCUGUGCUUCGUGAUCUUUCGCAAAGAACACCAACUGAUCUCAUCGAAUCUCUCCUUUGAAAAAGCCUUCGAUUCCUCACAUCACAAGUACCCCAAGUGGAGCGCAACUGCUGAUCCGAACUGGGACGAUGAAGGCGGUUGGGAAGGAACAGAUUCGCCAGUAGCUUCUUCCGGUUCGUAUGGCAAUGAGUUUGGCUAUGGCAAUGUCAGAAGCAAUGACCAGGACGCUGGUGGAAACAAUGAUGCAGGCAUGAGUGGUCAAAGCAGUGCCUAUAGUGGUAGUGCAUGGAACUCAGAUUUGGGUGGUCAAGGCAGUGCCUAUGGUGAUAGGGCAUGGAACUCAGAGCCCGCUGGCUACUCAUUUGAUGAACACCUCAAUGAAGGAUGGCCAAAGGAUAAAGGCAUUUCCAGGGAGCGUCAGCCUCAACCUCAGCCGUACGGUGGUGGUGGCUAUGAAGAUGGAUGGAGUACUGAUGGAUGGGGUGCCGAUGGAUGGAGUGCUGAUGGAUGGAGUGCCGAUGGAUGGCACGAACCUAUCACAACAACAACCACCACAACAGUUCACUUCUAUCCACCGCGGCCAAAGAUUGAGAGGUAUGUGAAUCAAUACAAUGCUUCCAACCCCUUGAAGAUCAAGGUUCAAGGUCUUCGCAGCAGAAACUACUUCUUGAUUAUCGGGGACUGGGGAAAGGCUGGUGGUCCAGGGAGUUGUCAGCUGGCAGUUGCAGCCCGCUUGCGUGAGUACGUCACAGAGCAGAAAGCUGCCGGCAAGCAUCUUCUUUUCAUUGGCUCGGUAGGGGACAACUUCUACUGGACUGGAGCUACCCCAGAGGCAUGGGAGAGGAGCUGGUCCCAGCCAUACGGUGCAAAUGAUCCGAACUCACCGCUUUUCCGAGUACCCUGGCUGUCUGUGUAUGGGAAUCAUGACUUUGGGAACAGCGAUCCUCAUGCCUUUUGCCCACAUUUGUUUCCUCGGAAGAUCGUUGGUGGCCAACCCUAUUCGAGUCAUCAACUCAAUUUGGACAAGUAUCCAGACCGACCUCAUUUCACUGAGCAUUACUGGCUGCCAGACUACAACUAUCACUAUGAACUUCCGGAGGCGAAUCUCGAAGUCAUUGCGGUGGACACAAAUGCGAAAGUGGAACCCACCAUCAUAGGUGGUGAGAAGAAAGGCCGGGCCAAAGCUGACGAGAAGUGCGGUGGGCAGGCAACCACCCAGGCCUUCCUGCAGAAGCUGACGGAAUCUGGAGAGGAUUUGUUGAGGAAGCGGGCAGCUGAAAAUAAGGCUGGCCAAGCUGACACUGUUCUCAUCAUUCAGCACUACCCUGGAAAAUGCCCCCGGGACAUUUUUGAGAACUCCUUGCCACCUGCGCGUAAGGGAAAGGUGAAAGUGUUGUGUGCCUAUGGUCAUGACCACAAUCAAGGAUGCGACUUAAAGGACAAAGAUGGUAUUUGCAUCAAUAUCCUUACAGGAGGUGGUGGAGGUUGCUGUGCUCCCUUGAUCAACACCGCUGGUUUUACGGCUGUGCACCUUGAUGACUCAGCUGGAGUGAAGUCUGUUGAUGUAGAAAGCUCAUCGGUGCGCUUGCCACCGAAGAGCUGCAAAUGGUGAUGCUGUAGCUCAAGGGAGCUGAACAAGCUCUGGUGGUGAUGUUAAAGUAGUCGAUGUCUCUUUCCUUUUCCUUCCCUAAAGGGAACUUUUUAGAUGAAUUGCACAGCGAGGUGGCCAGCUUUGGCGGCAACUCCAAGUGCAAACGAACGAGCUGAGCUGAACCAAAAACAAGCAGAGUACGGGCAAAGCCCAGUGCAUUCCGCACAUUUUGGCUCGAUGCUUGGCUGGGUCCAAUCCAAUUAUGUGUGUGUCGGUGCUGUAACCCUAUUGGAGAUGAUGUUUACGCAUUGGAGCGUCCCUUGAAGGGCGUCCAAUGGCGAAACGGGUUCGGCACGCCGGCAUACAUCACUU